GGUGGUGCUGCCACUUUGCAGGGAUUACAGAUACCUUUUGGGAAAGGCUCCUUGCAGCAUCUAAUUCUUCUGGUCAACUCUACCUUUCUGAGAUCCUUCGAGCUGGACUUCUAAAUGCAGCCAGUCAAGAAACAUCAUGCCAAAAGGACUAGGCACAACACUGUCUGCAAGGAUAUGAAAUACAAUAAAGGAAAGCUUCAGGGAGCUAGGUUCUCCAAGAAGAAAUUAAAGGGGUCCCAGGGGUGCAAACCUGAGAGUUUGAGGCCCAAAGUGCUGUUGGAGGAGAAGGCAAAGCAGUCACUGGUCGCAGUGUCACAGAGAGAAGAGCAAGUGGGGCCUGAUGUCCCAAGGACAUCGAAGGGUCAUGGCCCGACUACCUGGCCUGGAGCCCAGGGGAGGCAAGCACCCACUGUGGAGCCCCAAGUAAUCUUCGUGAAGACCCACCGACAUAGGAUUCCCACAGGGGACAUGGAGGAGCUGCAAGAAGCUGACUCGAUGAUGUGGUUUGAGGGGCUGCCCACACGAGUCCACCUCCCAGGUCCCCGGGUGAUGUGCAGAUCCUCCACACAGCGCUGGGUCAAGCGCUGCUGCACCCGCUUCUGUUCUGCCUCACUGGAGCUGCCUAUGUGCCAUCCAUAUAGGAUGAUGUAACCUAGGAUGGGAGCUAGGAAUGAGGACAGAGAUGCAGGCGAUCAGCUGAACUGGAGGGAUGGGAGGGAAAUUUUGAAUCUACAAAUAAAACCUCCCACAAGUCA